AUGAAUGUGCGGCCGAUUUAUUGUAGAUAUACUAACACAUAUGCUUGUGCAAAUGUUGCAGGAACUGCACAUCACAGCAAGCAAAGAGCAAUGGCAUCAACCACCGAAUCGUCAUGCACAACUCAGACCGUGCAAGGCACACAUCGGUUCCAGAUAUGUCAGUUCAGUUAUGGGAAUGUUGGUGAUGAGGAUUACAUCCGCUCAGGCACCUUCAGGGUGGGCGGAUUCGACUGGGUUAUUGUAUACUGCCCGGACGCUGAUGGCGAUGAUGGGGAGGAGUACAUAUCAGUUUAUCUGGAAUUGAUGAGCAAGUAUGCGGAGGCUUUGGCAUUCGUAGACAUGAGACUGAUCAACCAAGUCACUGGAGAUGCGUGUACAAUAUGUGCAGAGAACAGGGUGCCGAAUCAGUUCAAGUCUAGCAGCUUCGAAGACGCUUCCUGGGGGCGUGAAAAAUUUAUCAGUAAACGUGCUUUGAAAGAUUCAGGGUAUAUCCGAGAUAACCGCCUUGUUAUUGAGUGUGUCGUUACUGUGGUACACGAACUAAGGGUGUCUGAAAACAAAGCAUCCUGCGAAAUUGAAGUCCCUCCCCCAAAUGCAUUAGAGCAUUUUGGCAAGAUGCUGAAGGAUAAGUCCAGAGCAGAUGUGACCUUCAAAGUUAGAGGAGAAAUGUUUCCUGCCCACAGGGCAGUGCUCUCUGCCAGGUCGCCAGUUUUCAAAGCGCAGCUAAGUGAACCCAUGAAGGAGAACAAGAUGCGGCACAUAACCGUUGAUCGCAUGGAACCGGUGGUUUUCGAGGCUCUGCUCCAUUUCGUUUACACUGAUUCCUUGCCUACAAUGGAUGAUCUUGACAGAUCUGAAAGAAAUGCCGUGGUCCAGCAUCUAUUUGCAGCAGCGGAUCAAUAUGGUCUAGAUAGGUUGAAGCUUAUGUGUGAACGCAUCUUGUGCCUGAACCUUGAUGUCGAUAAUGUGGCUGUUGUACUGCGUCUAGCUGAUCGAUACGACUGCCAGAAGCUCAAAGAAGCCUGUGUCGACUUUUUGGUUCCUUCAGAGAGAAUCGAUGCUGUUGUGGCAAGCCGAGAAUACGAGUCAAUAAAGUUGGUUUCUCCCUCUCCAUUAGCAGAUUUGUGGGAGAAGAAUACUCGUCCCCCCAAACGUUCCGUUUAG